AUGGCAAUUGAUACCAAAGUUCUAGCCCUGCCUACCAGUUGCGAAAAAUGCACAUCUCCCGCCAUCAUUUGCCCUGUUGCUGGAUCUACAUCGUUCCGAGAUGUGGUAUCGUACGCGCAGCUUGCCUCUAUGGUAAGAUCUGUGCAAAUUGAUUUGGCCCUUAUGGGCAUAACAAAAGCUAGCAGAGUCGCACUGGUAUUGCCGAAUGGACUAGAAUUUGUUGCCAUGCUCCUUGCCGUACUACGUCAACGAGGUGUCGCCGCUCCUCUAAAUCCACAAUAUACGCAAGUGGAAUUCAGAGAUGCUUUCUCACGGAUGAAUCUCGAUUUGGUGUUAAUCUUGGCCGACGUCGGGGUUUCAGGCGAUGGCUCAUCUAUUGCAACUCCAGCCAGACAAGCUGCUAUGGAACUGGGAGUUCGCGUGGCAGUGUGCCACAGGACCAACAUCGCUGAUGGCGGAGCUGAGCCAGGUUUGCGGCUUGCUGUUAAGCCAAUUGAUCUCGCCCAUGGAAACAGUACCAAUAUUAAUGAGACGACUAUUUUUUCACCAACUGAAGUCCAGCCGCAAGACAAGGCCCUCAUGCUCUUGACAAGCGGUACUACGGGUGCGCCUAAAUUAGUCCUCCUCAGUCACAUGAACAUCCUCAUAUCCAUGCGCAUCAUCAUAGCCAAUAGUCAGCUCUCUUCCAGUGAUAGAACGAUUAUCAUCACCCCGCUGCAUCAUAUAACUGGAGUCUGUGGCUCCUUGCUAGCAACACUUUUCUCUGGAGGCAGUGCUGUCAUUCCGGAUUCUCUACCUGGCGCCUUUUGGCAGCGAUGCGCUGAUUACGGGAUCACAUGGUUUUACGCUGUCCCGACCCUUCAUCAUUUACUUCUGAAUUUCCCACGCCCAAAUGGCCGUGUCCCAUCACAACUGAGGUUUCUCAGAUGCGGUGGCGGCGAAACUCAACCAGACUUAUAUGAUCGCUUGACAGCGCUUGGCCUACCUUUACUCGAGAGCUACGGCAUGACAGAGAUAGCUCCAGCAAUAUUUUGCAACCGCUUGACAGAUGAUGGUGACAUUAAGAAGAAGCGAAGAGGUUAUUACCCAAUUCCAGAUGGGGUUGACGUGGUAAUACUGCCAUCCAACCCUCCUGGUCAAGAGACUGGCGAUUUUGAAAACCAAUUCAACGCGCCAACAAAGGACAUUGGUGUUAUUGGGGAGGUGUGUCUGCGCGGGGAUAAUAUAAUGGAAGGGUACAGCGAUAACCCCGAGGCCAACGCCGAGGCUUUCCUCUCAAAUGGAUACUUCCGCACUGGUGAUCUUGGCGCCAUCCACCCUGGUGGCUAUCUACAGCUGGUAGGUAGGAUCAAGGAGGUUAUCAACAAAGGCGGGACCAAAAUUGGCCCUGCUGAAGUCGAGCACAUAGCUUUGACUCACAAUUGUGUUGAGGAUGCUGCGUGCUUUCGCAUCGCUGAUCAGGUGUAUGGCGAUGAAAUUGGGCUUGCCAUCACUCUAUAUCCACAUGUAGAUGAACAAUUGGCGGUUGUGUCAGACUUGAAACGCCAUAUUCGCCAGCAUCUAUCGGAUUUUAAAGUUCCAAAGAAGGUAUUAUUAUUCACAAACAUCCCAUACAGUAAGACAGGGAAACUCAUGAGAACGCAACUGUCGGAGCAGUUUGCCAAAGGGUUGUUGUAG